GAACGACAACAAAAGUGUUAAAAACCCUUCAAAGAUUGGUCCGGCUGCCGGACGAAAGGGGUGAAGACCAAUCUCUCUUUAGGAAAAGCUUCUUCCCCGUCUCAAAAGAUGUCGUCUUUGAAGCGUAAGCACGACGCCGUGGAAGACAAUCUUGAUUGUGGAGAAAGCGCCGACGGUGUUGAUAAUAAGACCAACGGUUUCUUCGAUGUAUAUGGACCGGAAGCGAAACCAGAACUCGUUUUCAACACUCCGGACAUAACAUUGAACUUACAAGAUGUUCAGGGACUUGUCACAUGGGUUAUUGGAGAAGGCUAUAUGCCCUCGUGGGUAUUCAUCAAGAAUAAGCCUCUAAUUCCAAAGGUUGUCUUGCUCUACCUCCCUGGAUUGGAUGCUGCUCUGUACUUAUCACAGUCUAAAGCACUUGCUAGGUUGAAAUCUUGUUGUGGCAAUCCUGUACCGCUUUUAGCUUUGAGUUGUGCAGUUGAUGAGAUGAAGACAGUAGAUACCAUCCUUACUUGCAGGGGUAAGAAGAAGAAAAGUGCUACUAGUCCAAUGGAACCACCUCUAUCUAAGCCAGAAGCAUGUAAUCUGACCGGGAAGACCUUCAUUGAGCUCACAAAAGAUAUACCGUUCCCUGUUGCAUACUACACUCUAAGUCGAAAGGAAAUGGAACAAAAUGGAUACAAGUUUGAGACGGAGUUUGUUUCUACACUUCCUGCACCGUCAGGAUCAUGUCCCCGUGAAAUUUUGGCUCUUGAUUGCGAGAUGUGUAUUACAAAGGAUGGUUUUGAAUUGACAAGAGUGACACUGGUUGAUAUAGAAGGACAGGUUCUUCUAGAUAAACUAGUCAAGCCAACAAAUCUUAUUACUGAUUACAAUACAAGGUAUAGCGGAAUAACAGCUGAGAUGAUGGAGGGGGUAACAACAACCCUUAGAUAUAUUCAGGAAGAGUUCUUGAAGCUGGUUUUCAAAGAGACAGUACUAGUAGGACACUCUUUGGAGAAUGACUUGGUUUCUCUGAAGAUCUCUCAUAACCUAGUGAUUGACACUGCAGUGCUCUACAAGCAUCCACGUGGUGGUUCUUACAAAACCAAACUUCGGAUUCUAGCCAAAAAGUUUCUCGCUAGAGAGAUACAAAUGUCUGAAUCUGGACAUGACAGCGUCGAGGAUGCAAAGGCAGCCAUGGAUUUGGCACUAAUGAAGAUAAAAUACGGACCUGAGUUCGGUUCACCACCUGAGAUGAUAAGAAAGAGACUCCUCAACGUUUUGAAUGAGAGCGAGAAAGCCACUUCUAUCGUGGACAGCAUCAACAUCGUGAAGCGGUAUGCUUCUGAGUCAUCAAAUGCAAUUCCAGUAUGUGAUGAUGAUGAAGCACUUUCAAAGGCCAUGAAAGAGGUAAAGAACAGGCGGUCGCAGUUUGUUUGGACACAGUUCUCAGAACUGAACACACAUUUCCAGAGGAGAGCGGAUGAUCCAGAGAAACUAAACUCAAGACUAGCAAAGAUGAUCUCAUUACAGACAUGUAGUAGCGAUGCUUCAGCCGGUCCUGAGAAACGUCCCAAAAGCAAAGUCUCAGCUGAAACUAAGGUGAUCUUGAAGAAAAUGGAUGAAAGAGUCCAUGCCCUUCACGCUGCAUUACCUACCAAUGCAAUGUUUAUAGUUUGCACUGGACAUGGAGACACGUCCAUUGUACACAGGGUGAGGAAAAUGCUAAGAGAUGAGAAGAGUGAGAUUGGGUUUAGCCGUGAGAAAGUUGUGAAGGUUCUUGAAGAGCUUCAAGCACAAGCUGAAGUAGCUCUCUGUUUUGUAGGUAUCAAGCAAUAAAAGCGAAUUUUACACGGACUCUUAAGUUUCUUGCACUGUAUACUUUAUGAGCAACCAGUAUACAUACAUACUUGUUAGCUUCGGUUCGGUAUAAUUUUUUGAUAGUAUUGGUUUAUUAUAUAACUUUGUAUGCUUUCAUAUUUAUCGAUAUCAAAGAUAUUUUCAUAAACU